GUCAGACGACAGCGCUCGUUCGACGUCCAACCGUCUGAGAAUAUGACGCCCCGCUCGCUCUUUGCGCUGCUCGCGCUGCUCUCGUCCACCGAUGCCUGCACCAUGUACGGCGUCAGCCGCACCGCGAGCGCCGAUGGGUCCACCAUGGUCUCGCACAGCGACGACGGCGCCGGAGACUCAGAUUCUCGGCUCUCGUAUGUACCUCCCGCGAGGCACAAGCCUGGCUCGAUGCGAGACAUCUACCCUACCAUCGACGAGUACCCAAAAUUCAUCGGAGACGCCUUUGGCAAGACCUUUCUGCCGCUUCCAGGGCAGGCGCUCACAAAGCCGAUCGGACAAAUCCCACAGGUUGAGGCGACGCACGGCUACUACCUCAACGGCUACGCCAUCCAGAACGACUGCGAGCUGAGCUUCGGCGAGAGCACCGCCUCGGCGGUCUUCCGUGCCGAUGCGGUCGGGACGCCAAACGGCACCGCCCUCCUCGCCAUUGAGGAGCUGAGCCACCUCGCCGCGGAGCGCGUCUGCACGGCGAGGGAGGCGGUCCAGCUGAUGGGCGACCUCGCCGUCCAGUACGGCUUCUUCGGGCCGGAUGGCGGCGCGGGCGAGAUGCUGGUCGUCGGAGACCCGGACGAGGUCUUCGUCUUCCACAUCCUCUCUGACCCGACGGCGAGGAGCGCCAUCUGGGCGGCGCAGCGGGUGCCCGAGGGGGAGGUGAUGGUGGCGGCCAACCACUUUGUCAUCCGCGAGGUGGACCUCGACGACGCGGACCGCUUCCUCGGCUCGCCGCACAUGCACCGCGUCGCGCUGCAGCACGGCCUGGGGACGGGAGAGGGAAGCU